GUCUUAUCUCUGAAAUUGGGAGCAGAACCACUUUCGACUGCCGUUGACAAAUAAACCUCUCCAGCUCUUAGAAGGAAGACAUUACAACAUCUCAAGAGACUAGAUCACAGGAUCAACAUGGUUUCCAACAGAAGGCAACUUUUGGGGUUGUUUUUGUGCAUUUUUGGAGUUCUGGGGACAAUCGUCGUCUGCGGUCUCCCAUGCUGGAAGGUCACAGCCUUCAUUGGAUCCAACAUUAUCACCGCUCAGGUGAUAUGGGAGGGUAUAUGGCUCAACUGUGUCACCCAGAGUACAGGGCAGAUGCAAUGCAAAUUCUACGACUCCCUACUGAUCUUACCUCAGGACCUGCAGGCGGCCCGGGCCCUGGUCAUCAUUUCCCUAGUCGCCGGAGUCUUCGGGAUUUUGCUUAGUGUGGCUGGGGGGAAAUGCACCAACUUUGUGUCAGAUGAAAUCCAAAAAGGCAAAAUAACCAUUGCUGCUGGAAUUGUUUUCCUCCUUGCGGGUCUUCUGGUGAUGAUUCCUGUCUGCUGGAGUGCCAGUACCAUUAUUCAGGAUUUUUACAACCCAAUGCUGGUCGAAGCUCAGAAGAGAGAGUUGGGAGCCUCCCUUUACAUCGGAUGGGGAUCUGCAGGGCUGCUGUUCCUGGGUGGAGCCCUCCUUUGCAGCUCUUGUCCUCCAAGCGAACAAGAAUAUUACGGUCAAGAUAUCAAGUAUUCCAAGGCUCAGUCUGCGCAAUCCCAAAAAUAUGUCUAAGUCUCUGAUUGACAAUUGUAUUUGGGGGUUUUUCUUAUUCAAUAUCUCAGUAUAGUCUAUGUCUUAAAGGCAGUUGUGUUUUAAGAUUUGUAUCUUUUUUUCUUUUAUUUCUUUGCUUUUGUUACAGUAUGUGUAAGAAAAAAGUGUUUUACAUUUUAAAAACAAAUGUUUAUUGAAAAUUUACAUUUACAAAUGCUACUGUAACCUAAAUGCUGACUUUCAUAUAUAUAUAUAUAUUGCUUUGUUGAAGUCAUUAAGCAUUGCUAUGUUAGUGGGUAUGACUCAUGUUAUGUUAGAAAGGGUAAUGUUUUUUUAAUAAGAUGAUUCAUUUGUUAUUUAGAUAACUUUGUGUCACUGUCUGUCAUUACUGUUAAGGAGAUUCUGCUGUAUCAUCUUUUCUGCUGCUUAGAGCUGCUUGUACAGAUGACUCAAGAGGGAAAAAUGAUUUGGUUGAUCUGGUUUGGCAACUGGUUCUGAAAGUUUCCCCUAAAACAGGUUGUGUGACAUUGCAUUCAGUUUGCCAUUUUAAAAUGGAAUUGAAGUAAAAAGACAAAACUGUUUCACUAUUUGUUCUCUGUGUUUUUAUUGGAGAGGAUGGGGUCACAAUGUAAAAACUCAGAGGGAAAUUAGCAAAGAAAAAGUGAAAACAGUAGUAAUUGUUGAAAUGAGUGAGAAAGAGGAAAUAAAAAAGUCAUGUUUGUAA